AUGUGACAGGUAACCAGGUGAAGAAGCUGGACAUCCUGGCGAGUGAUCUGAUCAUCAACAUGAUCAAGUCCUCUUUCACCUCCUGUCUGCUGACAUCUGAAGAGAAUGAAAAAGCCAUCGUGACAGAGCCACAACAGAGGUUGUGUUUGGGACAAAGCGCUUGUGUUUCCAGCGGGGCCACACCUCUCCCCCUGCUCUGGAUUGGCCCGUGCGUUUUCACUCCCUCCACUGAGUUCCGCGUUGCGGAGCAUUAAAGUCCUCCAGCGUUUCCUCCAACUUCUAGUCUCAGGUUUCGGGAGACCAGCCGUCACCAUGUCCGACCGAGGAGCCUUCGACACCAACGUGGUCACCAUCACCCGGUUCGUCAUCGAGGAGGGCAGGAAGGCGAAAGGCACCGGGGAGCUGACGACGCUGCUGAACUCUAUAUGCACGGCGGUGAAGGCGAUCUCCUGCGCUGUGCGCAAAGCUGGCAUUGCCCACCUUUAUGGCAUAGCUGGCAGCACCAAUGUGACAGGUGACCAGGUGAAGAAGCUGGACAUCCUGUCGAAUGAUCUGGUCAUCAACAUGAUCAAGUCCUCUUUCACCUCCUGUGUGCUGAUAUCUGAAGAGAAUGAAAAAGCCAUCAUCAUAGAGCCCGAACAGAGGGGCAAAUACAUUGUGUGCUUUGACCCUUUGGACGGUUCCUCCAACAUCGACUGUCUCGUCUCCAUCGGAACCAUCUUUGCCAUCUACAGAAAGACCACAGAUGAUGAACCCUGCGAGAGGGACGCCCUGCAGCCUGGGAGGAACCUUGUGGCGGCAGGCUACGCCCUCUACGGCAGCGCCACCAUGAUGGUUAUCUCCACCGGCCAGGGGGUCAACGGCUUCAUGCUCGACCCAUCAAUUGGUGAAUUCAUCCUGGUCGAUCGUGAUGUGAGGAUCAAGAAGCGAGGCAAGAUUUUCAGCUUGAAUGAAGGUUAUGCAAAGUAUUUUGAACCCGCCGUUCUGGAGUACCUGCAGAAAAAGAAGUUCCCUGAGGAUGGCACUGAGCCCUACAACGCACGUUACAUCGGUUCCAUGGUGGCAGAUGUUCACCGAACACUGAUGUAUGGAGGAAUCUUUUUAUACCCAGGAAAUGUGAAGAGCCCAGACGGAAAGCUGCGCCUGCUGUACGAAGGCAACCCCAUGGCCUACAUCAUGGAGCAGGCAGGAGGCAUGGCCUCCACUGGCCUCGAGAAUAUCCUGGACAUCCAGCCCAAGAGUAUCCAUCAGCGGUCUCCUGUGGCUAUGGGCUCCCCCGAGGAUGUGCUGGAGUAUGUCGCCAUCUACAAGAAGCAUGCCAAGAAGUGAGACCACACCGAAAGACUCUCACAACCGUCACUGUGCAGUGACAAACCUUGUAUCUCGAAACUAUCCACUUUCAUGAGACUAAGGACGUCUGCCUCAUUUUGAACUUGAUGCAAAUGCAUUUUCAGUAAUGUCUUGUGGUGGUUGAAAUGGUUACUUAAGCCCAACAACGUGAGAGUUACAAGGUUUUUUCAUGUCAUACCAGUUAUAAGCAUGUACUAUUUGUAGAAAGCUGAUGAAUAAUAGAAAGAAUGUGGCUCAGUGGAAACAUGGAGCUGAAUAACGCACAACAAAAUCCACGCAUUCCACAGAAAAUGACCAAAAACCAAAAGUGUGCCAAAGAAAACUGCACUAAACCUGAAGUCAUUACCUCCAGUUGUGCAUGAAUAGAAAUACAUUCUGCACACAUGAAGGACCAAAUGCAGACCUCUAUGCAAAAACACCCGAUGCCUUAUAUUAUGUGAACAACUGCUGUCUGGAUUGAUGAAGUGUCUCAAUAAAUCGACAUGAGUCUACGAAGACAAAAAAAA